GCCUCGUCGCAAGAGCAUGCAGAGGCCUUUAGGCGGUCAAGUGACGUCAGUAUCAGAGAGGGGCGUGUUUAUUCGCCGGUCGGUAAUUGAGGAGGCUGAGGGUCGGCGCGGUUCUCCGUGUGCUCUGCGGUAAACCGGAGGAAGGAGUUCUGGAGACCGGAUGUAGAUAUUUGCCUUUAAAUGUGAGAAACGCGCGGGAUGUUUGUGUCUGUUGCCUGGUGACGACUUCAAUAAAGAGGCUCUCGCGCGCUCCCGCGGCCCCGUGCGCGCUCCCGGCGGAGAGGAGAGGAGCGGAGCUGAGAGGAGCUGAGUGGCUCUGAGUGGCUCCAGGCAGCGGCGGGGUGUCGGAGCUGAAAGUUUAUCUUUCCCUCCGCGCCGCUUCCUGACGCCAGUUUCUGCUGCUGCUGCUUCUUUUUUCGCGUUUUUCUUCCGUCCGGCUCCUCACCGAGCUGCUCAGGAACCUGCGGGGAGCCGGUCAUUAACCCCCGGGAUGACUUCUGCAGACACAGCCGAAAAGAAAAGACAGAGCUGCGAGCGGAGGAAGGCGAGGUGUCGUGAUGCGGCACGAUGUAGGCGGGUGAAGGAGACUGAGGUGUUUAAUCAGCUGGCCAAUCAGCUUCCUCUCCAUCACAGCAUCACUGAGAGCCUCGAUAAAGCCUCGAUCAUCCGUCUCACGCUGAGCUACCUGCACCUGCGCUCGGCUCUCAACGCAGUGAUGAUGGGCGAGCAGUCCGAGUUGGACACUCAGUGGAGCGCUUCUUGUCUGAAGGCCCUCGACGGCUUCCUCAUGAUUCUGUCUCAGGAUGGAGACGUUGUUUAUGCAUCAGAAACCGUCAGCAAGUGUCUGGGAAUCCCUCAGAUCGAUCUGUCAGGACAGAGUGUGUUUGAUUUCACUCACCCAUGUGACCAUGAAGAGAUCAGAGAGAUGCUGGUCAACAGAACAGGUUCCUGUAAGAAAAUGAGGGAUGAGCAGAGUUGCUUGUUGCGGAUGAAGUGCACCCUGACCAAUAGGGGGCGCACUGUCAACCUCAGAUCUGCUACAUGGAAGGUUCUCCACUGUUCCGGUCACGUCCGUGUGGAGUGCACACAGAGCAGUGUGUGUGAAGAGGGCAGCACGCCAGCGUCAUACCUGGUGCUGAUCUGUGAGCCGAUCCCACAUCCAGCCAACAUCGAGGUUCUUCUAGAUUCCAGAACUUUCCUGAGCAAACAUGCGCUCAACAUGCGCUUCUCCUACUGCGAUGAACGGGUCACACACUUAUUGGGUUAUGAGCCUGAGGAUCUCCUUCAACGUUCUGUGUACGAUUUUUAUCACGCUCUGGACUCGGACAGUCUCACCAAGACACACCACACCUUGUUUGUGAAGGGCCAGGCCUGUACAGGUCAGUACCGGAUGCUGGUGAAGGGUGGAGGCUUUGUGUGGGUCAAGACUCAGGCCACCAUCAUUUACAGCAACAAAAAUUCUCAACCGCAGUGCGUCAUCUGCCUCAACUACGUCCUCAGCAGUGUUGAAGAACCCGAGCUCGUUCUCUCUCUCCAUCAGUCCGUGAUAAAGCAGGAAAAGGAGGAUGAGAGUGGGACAGAGAGAGAGACACGGAGCCAGGAAGCAGUGACUCGGAUAAACGAGGACAAGAAAGAGGAGAGGAGAGACGGAGAAACGGAGCUAGAGGCUGAGGCUGACGUCACACUGGACUUCCCUAACGCAGAAAGGUCAGUGCUCAAAGACGCUCCUCUCUACAAUGACGUCAUGCUGCCCUCCACCAGCAUCCUUUCACCUCUGUCGCUGCCCACUGAACCACCCUGUGCCACCCUGCCCCAGCUGGAGGACUUCCCCUUCCCAUCAUCCUCCCCUGCUCCAGUCUCGUCCACUCACAGCUCCACUCAGGAUGUAGAUGAUCUGGAGUUGGAGAUGUUGGCUCCAUAUAUCUCCAUGGAUAAUGAUCAUCAGCUCCACAUGGAUACACGCACGGAUGGUCCGGAGAAUCUUGAUUCCACCCAGAAAAACACCGGAACACACACACAGCACAGAGAACAGCUGGAUGAAGAUCUGUCUUCCGCAGGUCAGCCAAGCCAUAAGAGAAAAUUUGAAACUACUACUCUGUCUCAUGUCACAGGGCUGGUGGUAACAGACUCCCCUCCGGUCAAGAGGUCAAAGGUCACGGUGUCGGAGGCUCAUCCACCAGCCACCGUGCCAGAAACUCUGACCAUCCUGCUGCUCCCCUCAGACAUGUUAAACCAGAUAAUGGUAGGAGGAGCCAUCAUUAAGCCCCUCCCACACACCACUCAUUAGGAUGUGAAAAUACGCCCAUCAUCGCAUGUAAGAACCUGCUGCGCUGGGGGAAGAGCUUCAGCACGCACCGGCCUGAACUUGCAAAAGACUUUUAAUCUUUGUUCCAUCACUUUAGAGAAGUUUGUCUAAUUAUAAUUGAAAAAUGUCACAUUUACUUUCAUAUAUUUUAUUUGAAGGCAUUUUUGUUGAAACCAAAGUGCUCGUUAUCUACAGAAAGCGCACGACUCACUAAAUUUAACUAACUAUAUUUCAACAUCCAAUAAGAACCAUUCAUCUCCUCAUGCAUUAAAUUAUUUGAAAGUCAUUUUUAAAAAUCUCUACGUUUGUUCACUUGAAUUUGUGAAAUAUUUUAAUGUCGAGAUUUUCCGUAUGAUUAACACGCACGCUAAAUCUGUCUCUAACCUACCUCGAACUCCGCCUCUCACCAUGACCACCUUUAACUCGACAUGACCCGAUCAACUCGAGCCUCAACAGGUGGGCUGCAUAGAUAUGCAAGACAGUAAGUGGUCGUCAGCUGAGCUCACUGACAAAGCGUCACGAUCACCGGGGCGCCCUGCUGGUUGUUAAAAUGCCCUACGCUUGUGUUCUUUCGUUCUGCUUGAAUCAAACAAACCAUGAAACUGAUAAGUUCCUUGCGGGUUCCCUGUGAAGGGUGAAAGAGCAAAGGAUUUGAUCCAAAGACAACGAGAAAGGUGGCUCUUGAACCUUUCGCUGCGAUGGAAGGGGGCAGACGCUCGAGUUUGCAGUGAUCACUUCGUGAAAGGUUUGUAAAUUCCUCUGAUUUAUUUUCGCUUGGAGUCGCAAGUCACUUUUCUCGCCAUUUUCCGUUAUUUCGUGAUGUUUUGAAGUUCAGGAGACGCUUCAGUCCUCGGAUGUGUUUUUGAUCGCCAUGUUGUAAACUAGCGCAGAUGUUUUCACGUUAUUUAUCAGGAGGAUGUCCUCGCAAUCUUUACAGGGAUGAUGUAGGUUGAGCUCCGACACUGAACUAAAGAAAUAAGAUAAUUGAGGCGAUCCACGGAAACACACAAGCAGAGCUCACGAGUUAAUUAACGGCACAAAGCAGCUUCCCCGGCCGUGCAGUUAUAGUGAGCCGUGAUCACUUCUCCAUCCACCAAUCCACAGCUUUUUAAAGGGGUUUCUGUGGAUCGUUGUGAAUGAUUUAGCUGGAAGAGAUGAUCAGGGAGGAUUGGGAAUCAAGCAGCUGGGGUUGGUUUAUGCUUGAUACCAAAACCUUUAGCGUCCUAGCAAGCAUUCCUCCUUACCCCAGCAAAACCGAUACAGGAUUUAUCUCGUAGUGUCCUGAUCCCCAGAUCUUUAACCCAGACACAUGUAUGAAGUUGUUCUCUUCCAGGCAUAGGUCGCGUUAACCGACAAUUGUCCGUCAUUGACGGAUUUUUUUUUAGCUAUGACGGAAAAAUCUGAAGGCCGUCGGUCAUUUUGACGGAUGUUUACCGUUACCAUUACCAAUCACAAUAAUAGCCUAAUAAUAAAACAUAAUGAAACACACAAUUGAAAUGGUUGGCAAGUUGUGGCAGAGUUUUCUUACAUACAGUAUACAUAGUCUUCACUGCCGUCGCUUUCAGUCUGAGCCGACGUUGCGGCAGUCUUGAUGUUCAGUGCAUCGGCUGCUCAUGUAUAGAGUGCUUCGAGAUCAGCACGAACCCGGCGGCGGCCAUAUUGGAAGUCAAACGUCGCUGUGUCAGUGCAUUGUUGUUGCUCAGCGAAGCGAAAUGCCGAAUACAUGUGUCAUUGUUGGCUGUAGUUGCCGGGGGGAAAGGGUGGCAAAAGCUUCCACAGACUCCCUAAAGUCGUGACUCACCAGGGAAUUGCAGCACAGGAGAAAAGCGAGCGGAGGAGACGACAGUGGCUGGCUGCCAUUAACCCAUCAAAUUUAGGACUAGACUGUAUCCGGAUUUGUUCUGAUCACUUUGUGACAGGUAGGUUAAAUCGUCUUGAAUUUCAUAGUUACUAAAAUAAAUGUGAUGCAAACUAUUAUCUUUUCUCUGUACUUUCAGCAAUGAUUAAUGGAUAUAUUUGUCACAUUAGGUAGCUUAUGUCUACUGCAGUGCAUUGUUGCAUCAAAUGGCAUUUAAGAUCCAGGCCUAGUAAUGUUUAUGUACACAUGCUGUUAGUACAAGUUACAUACUAGGCCUACAUUUUAUUCACUGACUAAAAUAAUUGAUAAUUAUGCGGCAACACGCUGGGGUCAGCUUUCCAUUCCUUCUCACUAACAGUGUAUGGAUCGACAUUCCCAAUGAAACGUACCUUCUCAGCAUAACGCUCCCGUGCCUGCUUAUCCAAACUAUCACAGUAGUGCUCCAUCACUUCAGAUGUCUAAAUUCUUAAAAAAUCAAAGCUUCUAAGCCCUCUAACGCGGAAACGAAUCGGUGAAUGUGUACUCUAUGAUGUGUACUCUAUGCGCGCUCUGAAGCGAGUGACUUCCAAGAUGGCCGCGCCGACCGCAUGGUUACUAUUUUUAGCAUCAUCUUGGAGCCCUCUAUACACUGCAGCCACUGCGCAAGGCUGUUCCCCCCAUCACGCUCCUGACCGCGCUCUGACUUUUCUACCACUAGCACAGUGAGAUGGAUUAAUGUUUCCCUUCUCUGCAGAAGACACGUCAUUUUUGCUAUUAAAAAAAAAAGAGAUGCAUUGGGUUGUGUGUGUCGUUUCCCUGCCUGUACAAUAGCGCUCGUUUAGGCUAGCUGUUUUCUUGUUUUUAAAAUGAAACAAAUGCCGAUUUAUUGUAUUCUUCCCCUGCAAGCUUAGGAACAUCACUGCUCGAAUACCUGCUAAACUAUCAUUUUAAUGAGCGCACGGGUAGACAAACUUACAUUUAAACAUAACUUCGUUUUAUUUAAGACCUUCCGUGUCAGGUUCCAGGCUCCGCGGGGUGCAGCUGCACCACUGGUGCAGAAAGACGGCAUGCUGCAGGAUUUCCUCCCUAUGAAGAGAGGACUAGCAGGGUCGGGAAAUCCAACUUUCAGAGGCUCUUGCCGGCUUCUGAUCACUUCCCUGGGAGAAAUGUUUCCCGACUUCAGAACUUUGGCUGAAGUGGCGCUGGUUAUUCCAGUCUCCAGUGUCGCAGCAGAGCGCGGGUUCAGCCUUCAGAAUAAAAUUAAAACGUCAAUGAGAAGUCGUCUGUCCGAGGCAAAGACGCAAAAUGUAAUGACCAUUGCCUCGGCAGCAGUCUCCGUUGACGACUCUGAUUAUGCACAAGCGAGCUGCCAAUUUAAAUCCAUGCGGGCCAGAAGGAAGGUUUGAGCUCACGCAAACAGGUCAGAUUAGAUUGUCACUUAAAUCGUUGUAGUGGACUGUUCAUAUUUUAACUGCAGUUGUCUUCCUACGCUGUAAAAUAACAUUGUUCAUAUGCCCGUUAAGGCACAACAGCCGCAAUGUUUUUAGCGGAGGGAAAAUGGGUUCACAAGUGACCGAACGUCAGAAUCUCUGUUCAUCUUUUUGCAUCAUAAAUAAAUGAUUAAAUAAUACAA